AUGAAGCUUGCACAAAACGUAUUUGCACUCGCGAUUGGCUUCGCUGCUAUGACCAAAGCCAGCGUCCUCCUUCAUGAGAGGGAAGGCAAGUCCGCUGCCGAUAACCAAAGUCAGCCUACCGCAACCAUUUAUAACUUUGCUCCGAAAGAUAUCAUCGGCCAGUAUGACGGAUUGGAGCCUCACCCUUACGCACCAUUGCGCUACGGCAAACCUGUUAGAAAGCUAGACAAAAACGGUAACGCAGUCGUCGAACAUGCAGCAUCGCUCAAUUACUUCAACGGAACAUACUACAUGUACAGCGAGUCUUGGGCUUGCGGCAGAAUCACUUUCUUUAGCGGCUCUCAGAGUUUCGGCAUGCCUGCAUUCCCUAGCUACAAUACUAGUGACACUGGAAGCGGACGAUGUGGGUUGCCCAUCUAUAGCUCACCCAACCUCGUAGACUGGGAAUUAGCAGGAUUUUUCACCGUCAACAGACCUGAGGAAAUACCUCAAACUUCUUUUGGUCCAAACAAGAUGAAAGCGCGAUUCCUUCCAAAUCUCAACAAAUACAUUGUUUGGUUCAAUGCAGGUAAUGGACGGACUUUUAACCUCCAGCGGACAGGCUCCUUUUACUAUGCCAUAGCCGAUACGCCUUACGGCCCAUGGUCUGAGCCUCAACUUAUCAACGGGGACCAUUUGGCCCAUGAUUACGACAUAGCUGAUGGCCCUGAUGGUUCAGUAUAUGUGGUAACCGAUGUAUACUCGGGUUACGACGAUCAAAAUGCUGUUCCACUUUGGGAUGUGUAUGUUCAGAAAAUCAAUGAGGAUAUGACAGGCACUGUAGGGACGAACAAUACCACGUCGCUCAUCAUGAACAAGGCUCAUUGGGAAGGCAUCGGAUUUUUCUACAACCUCGGAUGGUGGUAUAUCACCGGAGGCCCGACAUGUGCAAACUGCGAGGUGCCUAUCUGGUAUGCCAAGUCUAGAGACCCGUUCGGCCCAUACUAUACUGCCAGUGGACGCAAAGUUUCAGAAGUUCGUGAAGGAACGGUUUUGUCAGAGAAUGGCUGCGGUGCUCAGAACAAGGGCGCAAAUGUUCUGCCCACAGCAAAUGGCGGACAAGUUGUUCUCACUGGGGCUUGGGGCUAUCGCACCGAUCCACAGGACUUCUCAUUGGAAGGACAUGUCAGCCACGGGUCUAAUGCCCAAGCUAUCUCCUCUACGUACUGGUUUCCCCAAAACUUCGACAAUGAUGGCAACCUUCAACCAUUUACAUGCGCAGCUGAGGUUGUGAUCCCACUGGCUGACCCAGACUCUAUGUCGGUCACACAACGUGGCCCAUACCAGCCAGAUUGCCGUAUUAACUUCAGGGGAGGUCUGCGACAGACGCUAUCUUCGGGUUUGGGCGGUGCCAUCCUUAAUUUGACAUUGUUCCAGCUGACUUGGAACCUUGGCCCCGUCAGCCAAGCCGGAAACGUUAUGAACGGUCCACUGAACAUUACUCUAAGUUAUACAAAUGGUAACUAUCAAUCCGUGCUUUUGGACCCGAAAAGUUCGAUUAGCUGGGACUCUGAGGUGGUAUCUCUUCGCCUUAACGGAUCACUUUCCUCAAUUACUAUGACAUCUAACGCAACAAAUGGCUGUUUUGGGACCAUGGCUCAGCCUAAAAGCAAUAUUGGCAGCGAUUAUGAAUACUUCACGGACCUUGGUGUAGAGACUAGUGUCAAUGGUCAGAUAGUAAUGAACAUAGCGUGA